AGUAUUCUCACUUUAUACGGUUUAUGUGUCAGGAGAAAUGGAACCAAUCUGUUAAAAAAACAAACUUGUGAUAAAACCUUAUAUUUUUUUAAAGAAGUGAAGCAGGAGCUGGAAGAUUUAAUGGCUGACAUCAAGAAAAUGGCCAACAAGGCUCGAACCAAGUUAAAAAUGAUGGAACAUCACAUAGAACAAGAUGAACAGACAAGCACCAGCUCUCAGGCUGAUCUGAGAAUACGAAAAACUCAGCAUACCACACUUUCCAGAAAGUUUGUCGAGAUUAUGACACACUACAAUAAGACGCAAACCAAUUACAGGGAAAGAUGCAAGGACCGUAUUCAACGACAGUUAGAAAUAACUGGCCGAACCACUACUGAUGAUGAACUAGAAGAAAUGCUAGAGAGUGAUAACCCGGCAAUCUUCACACAAGGGAUAGUCAUUGAAACCCAGAAAGCUAAACAGACUCUGGAGGACAUCGAGGCUAGACAUGCUGACAUCAUCAAACUGGAGAAAAGUAUCAAAGAGCUUCAUGACAUGUUUAUGGAUAUGGCGAUGUUGGUGGAGAGUCAGGGUGAUUUAGUAGACCGAAUUGAAUACCAAGUCCAACAGAGUGGAGAUCACGUAGAAGGAGCUCGCACCCAGUUAAUUGAAGCACAGGAGUAUCAGCGUCGUGCCAGAAGGAAGAAGAUCAUCUUGUUUGUCAUCGGGAUAAUCCUUUUAACUGUAGUGAUCCUAAUCAUAGUGUUUUCAACCAGAAAAGGGUCAUAAACUAAUGCAGAUAUAAUUGGAACUAUAUUGACAGGUUUUCCUCCUAAAAUAUCAAAUGAUUUGAAACUUUUAAUGUAGAAUUAUGAUGGCUACAUAAUUCUGUAAUUCAUACUACAGUUAGUUUUCUGGAAAAAUUGCAUAAAAAUAUUUUUGAUAUAUAUAUAUGUUACAAUUAUUAAUGAUAAUUUCUACAAUUGUUAAAGAAACAUCGGAACUUUUAGCAGUGAUUAGUUAAUUUUUGAUACAUAGUGGAACUUUGACGGUUAUCAUUCCAAACGUUGGUAACAAUUUUGAUAAUAUUCUAACAAUGAACAUUCUAACAGUUGCUAAAGAAACAUUGUAACUUCUAAAAUUGUAUUUUUGUCAAUUGAUUAAAACUCAUUGGUACUUUUAAUUGUGAUUAUUCUAUACUUGAUUACAGAUACUCCAGAAUUAUAAUUGUAAUUAUAACUUAUUUUUUGAACUUUGGUUUUAGAGCAUCAUAAAAAAAAUCAAAGGAUGAUCAUUCUCCUAACCAAAGCAGUUUAGUUAUAAAAAAAAGAAUAUAUUAAAAUAAAAAUUUAUUUUCAGGAAAUACCAAACACUUACUGGUUUAACUGUACCUAAAACGAUUUUUGUGUCUUUCAAAUGAUUUUUAAUAUCCUUAACUUUAAGAAGAUGUUUUCUUUUGUUUAAAAAAAAUGUGUGGGAUUCACAUUCGUCUAUUUGAACUUCAUAUUUUUAUUGAUGUGUAGUUAUUACACUGCUCUUCCUAAGAAACAAACUGUUGUUAAAGUUAUUUUGUUUAUUUAAAAAGUACUACUGGUUACUAUAAUGUUGAAUAA